GACUCCGGCGCACACGCCUCCUACCAAAAUCACAGCCCCGUGGAGCUGGGGCUUUCAUUCACAGCUUUCUAGAGAGAUCUGAGCCUGAACCUGCCAGCAAAAGGGAUCUUACCCACCCAGCUCAACAGCGAGGACACCUGCAGAUAAACAUACCCCAAUGCAAGGUGGUGCAGCCGUGUGAAGAGAAAGAUGGCAUAAAUUCUGCUUCCCUUUUGGAUGGAGACCACCAUACAUGGCCUGAAUGUCCUACUGCUUUCCAGGAAUAAGAAAAAGACCCUCUAGUUGUCUUUCUCUACAACAGCUUGGCAAUAAAACAAUUCUUGAAUGGGUCAAGGUUCCAGAAAACUUUCACUUGAAUGGGAUCAGUUCCUUUCCUUUUAAAAUAUCAGAAAUUGAGCACUGGGAAAGGAGAUUUAGCAAAGAUGACCCAUUUACAAGCUGGACUCAGUCCAGAGACUAUAGAGAAAGCUCGCCUUGAAUUAAAUGAAAAUCCAGAUAUAUUGCAUCAGGAUAUUCAACAAGUCCGGGAUAUGAUCAUCACCAGACCUGACAUUGGAUUUUUACGUACAGACGAUGCCUUCAUCUUGAGAUUUCUUCGAGCCAGGAAAUUUCACCAAACAGAUGCCUUUAGAUUACUGGCUCAGUACUUCCAGUACCGCCAGCUAAACCUGGACAUGUUCAAAAACUUCAAGGCUGAUGACCCUGGAAUCAAGCGGGCUCUGAUUGAUGGAUUCCCCGGGGUACUGGAAAAGAGAGAUCACUAUGGCAGGAAGAUCCUUUUGCUCUUUGCAGCCAAUUGGGACCAGAGUAGGAACUCCUUCACUGACAUUCUCCGGGCUAUUCUGUUGUCAUUGGAAGUUCUUAUUGAGGACCCGGAACUUCAGAUAAAUGGUUUCAUUUUAAUUAUUGACUGGAGCAAUUUCUCCUUCAAACAAGCCUCCAAACUCACACCUUCAAUCCUCAAACUGGCCAUCGAAGGAUUACAGGACAGUUUUCCUGCUCGUUUUGGAGGAGUCCAUUUUGUCAAUCAGCCCUGGUACAUUCAUGCCCUGUACACACUAAUCAAACCAUUCCUCAAAGACAAGACAAGGAAAAGGAUCUUUCUCCAUGGCAACAAUUUGAACAGCCUUCAUCAACUAAUACACCCUGAAUUCCUGCCCUCUGAAUUUGGAGGGACCCUCCCUCCCUAUGACAUGGGAACUUGGGCUCGGACAUUACUUGGUCCUGACUACAGUGAUGAGAAUGACUAUACUCACACUUCCUAUAAUGCAAUGCAUGUGAAACAUACAUCAUCCAACCUAGAGAGAGAGUGUUCACCCAAGCCGAUGAAAAGAUCUCAGUCUGUUGUGGAAGCUGGGACCCUGAAACAUGAGGAAAAGGGAGAGAAUGAGAAUACCCAACCACUCCUGGCUCUGGACUGAAUUCCAAAUCACCAAAAUACAUCUUACCAGCCACCAGCCUUCAGUGGCACCAGUCACCUAUGAAGCACAUGCUUAACUGAUCCCCACAGGCACACAUCUUGCUUGACAAAAGGUCCUCCACUUCUGUUGACAAUAAGGAUCGUCACCAGCCAUCUGUCUGAGCAGCCAAAGUUAAACAAAGAGCGGAAGGUUUCUUUUUCAGUGGAUACAAGAAUGAAGCAAGACAUCAAUUUAAACCAGAAAUGAGUUUUUUCCAAUUUUUAUUUUACAUUUAUGGUAUUAAAAGGAUCAAAAAGGGUUGGAUUUAUUAAUUCCUUGCUCACAUAUACAAAAAUAUGUACUUUCCCCCUCAUAUUGGGAAAAAGUGAAUACUUUUGCAAACAACAUUAUGUCCAAAUUAAACCAUACAGAUAAUAUUUUCAGGUUCAGUAUAGUACAAAGCCAUGAGACAAUAGCUUCUGCAAUAAUUUUCAUCCUCAUUGAAUUUUUUUCCUUUAAUCUCACCACCAGCAUUGAAUUGUUCAUUCUGAGAACAUGUUCACACAACUCUGGCUAGUUAUGGUUUAUUUAUUUUGAUACUAGGUUAACACUUUUCUGAACUUUUGUAUCCUCUACAAAACCAUAUUGCAGCAUAAGGAUAGAAGACACACAUAAUUUGGGAAAACAAUUAUUUUACUUUUAUGACACAAUUUUCUAUAGGCAAUUCUAGAGUCCAUUAGCAAGCUAAUGACUAAGAUACAGAUCAAGGUCUGUAUGUGUACAAAGGGGAAUCUCACUGGAAACAUUUUUUCAAUGAUUGAUGGAACUAUUCAGAUUGUUUCAUUUAAGUCAAGAAAGCUAAGAAAAUGCUAUGGAACCAUUUAACCCCCUUCACUCCUGCCAUCAGUUAAAGGCUGUAGACAGAGGGCAGUUCUGGUGAUUGCUAGAGAAAGCAGACGUUCAGUUGAGGAGAAAUACUUCCUCAAAUGAAUGAAUGAAUGGCUAAAUGGGCAUGUACUCUAAACAAAAGGAAAAGAACAGAAAUGUAGGACUGAAAUGCCAAAGAUCAGCUCAUUGCUUUAUUUGUUUUUAAAAAAUCAAUCCUAUUUAUUCACUGAAAUGGAAAUAGAGAUAAAAUAAAAGAAUACCUGUAAGAAAUUAUUUUGUGCCAUGUGUUUGUUUCCCUAAAUCAAUUUUACAAUUUUAAGCAUCUUCUUCUCUUUGAUCAUCUGCUUCAUAAAGGCAUUUCUCUAUUUAUUUGUACCAUUACUUGGCAUCGUGUCAAACUAAAGGUAUUUCAGUUAACAACAAGCAGUACAGUCAUAGUUUAAAUGACAACAUUUAAGAAGGCUAAAGUUUUAAGUUGAGCAAAUCAAUAAGGAAGACAUAAUUCAAUAGGUCAUUUCUAAUUGGAAUUAGUGUUUACCACUUUUCUCCUUUACUGGAAAAAAAAAGUAUCAAAAGGUAUUAAUGUUUGCAUUUGUAGCAUAUCAGUCAUUGCUACUGGUACAGAUUAACAGAAAAGGACAUUGUUUCUGGCUCAAUCUUGUAAAAACCUCAAAACUGGGUUCAAAUCCUACCACCUCUGACAAUUACUAGCUGUGUGACCUUGGGCAAGUCAACUUACAGAACCUCAGUCUCUUUUAUGUGUAAAAUGGGGCUAGUAAUACCUGCAGUACCUACCUCGCAGGAUUGUUGUGAGGUUCAAAUGAAAUGAUGUAUAUAAAGCGCUUUGGAAACUCUUAAAGUGCUUUAUACAAGUCAGUUACUAUUUUUAUUUUUGCAGAAAAAAAUGAUAAAGAAGAAAAUGAAAUUAAAAUAUAGCCACUCUGCCAAUGCAGAGAUGUGUAAAUAAAACUAGUUACUUUUGGGCAGCCACUCCUAAUCACAUGCUGAAAUAACUUCAUCUGUACUGUGACCCAAUGACUUUUUUAUACAAUUAUAUAGAGAGAUGAAGAAGAAAUAAAAGCAAAUCAGGGAGCCAUUUUAAUUGCUUGGGUUUAUAUAUAUGUGACAAUUGUUGGAUCUGAGUUUUUAAAAUGUCAUUGAAGCCAAUUAGUGCUAUGUUUUAAAACAGUGAAACAAUAUCUGCCCAUUAAGAUGGCAGUCUAAAUGUUCUGAUUUUGUGCAUUCUAUCUACCAUAGUGACCUAAGUUAACAUGAGUUAGCUUGUAAAUCUGUUUCUCUCCAAAUCUCGUAACAUGAAUGUAAGAUGAACAUUCUCAUGUGCAUUUUUCUCAUUUGAAUUUUCUGUACAUGUAUGCAAUAGAUUUACAAACAGGAACCAAAUUCAACAAGAAUUGACAUGAAUGUUAGUUACUAUUACAUGAGCAUUGGAUUGUACUGUCCUUCUCUGUUGAGUCACUUCCCGUUGUUAAAUAAAUAUUGAAGGACAAAAAUGA